CCUCUAUUCAGCCUGUUUCCUUUACUUCCAGUUGCUCUCCAUUUGUUCCAAUAAUGACGACAAAUUUUCCUAUGGACAGUCACUUCAUGCAGCGUACCGACUCGGAGGCAACAGACGAAUCACCUUUUGGAUCAGGGCUAACGACACCAGUAGACGAGGAUAUACAGCCCUUCGCUGGCCUUCACGAACGGCUCAUCGCCGAAUUCGAUCUAGACUUGCAAGAAACGCCUAGGCCGGACAGGUACCAGAAGUUCGACACCGUUGACACGCCCGCCAAGACCCGUUCACUUUCAAAGGUAGUGACAAAGGCGAAGAAGUUUGUGAGAGGCUUGGUUCAAGGCUCGAAGACAAACAUCUUCGAGGACCAACGCGUAGUGCCUACCCUGAUACUCCCGAUGGACAGCGUAGAGAUUAAUACGGCGGAGGAACCCUCGUCCGCCAUCAUUGCUCAAGAAACGCCCUGCUCCGCUCAUACCGAUGUCUUCCUGUCAAACGCUUUCUCUUCCACUGUCGCCAGUUCUAAGGAAAUGCCUGCAGAUAUGCUUGACACUACAGAUGAUAUGGAAACGGUUCCAUCUGAUCAGCACCUCGAGGACAGUAUUGCAUUGACUUCGCCAGAUAGCACGCACAGCAUUCCCUUAAGAUCGGACCAUGAGGGUCUCCUUAUCCAGCAUGCUAGAUCGAUGUCCACCACGAUAGUCAAAAGUCUUGAUGAAAAAGCCAUCGAAAAUAUUACUAUUGAAAACAACGAAUCUGUCCUUGCUGAUUCGACUGAAUAUCUCUUCGACGAAGCUCUUGCACUGAAAUUCCCGGACUUUUCCCCGAAUGCGGUUCCUUCAGCUCUUUUGAAAAUUCUUCUCUUCCUUCCUUGGUGUGUCCUCGUCGGUGCAACUAUUUUGCUCUCUCCCCGGCAUCUGGAAUACGUUGCGUUCUUUCCGGGAUACAUUGCGUCACCUCAAGGAAUCCGCCGCUUUGCCCAUUGGGCCGACGUCGCUAUUGCCCAUGUUAUGAUCUUCUUCGCUUUCAUCGUAUGUAUCGGCACGCAACACUUACCGCUCGGAGUCGCUCUUGCCGUUCUUACCGUUGGACAGAGCAUCGUGGCGUGGCACAACUUCAGUUUUGACAGUGAAAUCCCUGUAGGCGAUGACGAUAGACAGUCCUUGUACCUUGUCGCUGUAACUUUUGGCUGCUCCAAACCUUUCAUGAUCACGGAGUCAGCGAAAGGAUAUUUUGUUGGACGCGAGAGAGACGAUAUCGCUGCGAACGAUGAUUCGGAUACGGAAUAAUUACGUUUGAAUGACACUGGAUACU